AUGCAUUUUUCAUCAUCUGCCAUUGGCAUUGCCACUGCCGUUGCUCUCGUCUCCACAAAUGUGGUGGAGGGGUGCCCCUUUGCCUCAUCAGGAUCGCAGUACGUGCCGAAGAACCACCCAAUUGUACCCAAGUUUCACAGACGAGUACAGGCCGAGGACAAUGAUGUCGACUUUGGUAGUAUGUUUGGACCGGACGGGAGAUUGGUGGGAUCUCCCAGUUUGGACAACGGCGCAUUUGAUGCUCCAGGUUUGCUCACUCCCAUGAGAGAAGAUGGCUCUACCAUUGCGGAUAUCGUUGCUGGCUUGUCAGCUGCUGGUGGAAAUGGUGAUAUGUGUCUAAUCCGAUUCCAACAACUUCCUCCGCCCGCAGCAGGGAACUUUUCCUUUGACCAGAAUGCUGCCGAUCUUUUGGCCUUCAAGGUCUAUGGAGACAUGAUGGUCGAUAGAUUUUACCAAUUGAGUGGACCAGAUGUCAACGAAGGCGGGAUUAUCUUCUCCUUCUGCACUUCUGGGUCUGGUGGAGUUGAAUCCUUGUGUAAUGCUGGCAUUGAGCCCGAGCGCUUGUGUGACGAGCGCCUCAUGAAGAACUCUGUUCGCUGGCCACAGGCUAUCACUGGGUUCAAACUCACCAACAUGACACUUGAAGCAGUCAAAGCGGCCAUCGCAACUUGGCGGACAACAGACGGUGGCCACCUACCUUCCAUAGUUUGGUCCUUUAAUGGUGGAAGUCCAGAUCUUGGAGGCUCGCAAAUCGGGAUCUGGGGCAACAUUGGGGCUAUUGAGUGCAAAGGCUGCUUUGACGAAUGCACGGCUCCAGCAACACCAACACCAACAAUGGCUCCGGUGGCACCAACCGUCGCUCCUGUCACUGCGACGACAUCUCCUCCAGCCGAUAGCGGUGUAGGUACAUCGGCGUUGACUGUGACUGCUAUCUCGGUAGUGAUGAUGGUGGCCGCCUUUGCCUUUUAA